CGCCGGCGUCGUGUUUCAUCCUCGGAGGCUGCCGGUCAUGAAAGGAAACGACGUCGGAGCAAUACAGGAAGAACCAGGGGGUCAUCGGAUGUCAUCGAACCGGUCGAUCUUACGGAAGUCAGUCCUAUAUCUAAGACCCAGGCGAAACAGCGAGCGGAUGCGAUUCUCGCACAACAGUCGCUAGACCAAGACAAGGGGGCUUCUGUUCUCACAGCGUACAAGUGCCCUGUAUGCAUGGACACGCCGGUUGAUGCUACGAGCACUCUAUGCGGCCAUCUUUUCUGCCAUAAAUGCAUCACGGACACCUUGAAAUUUAGCGAGGAACAGCGUGCUGAUACGCCGGGCAAAGGCCGGGGGACUUGUCCCGUCUGCAGAAAGCCCCUUACGAGAAACGAUCAGCCGGGAUCAAAGCGAAACCUGAUCCCGCUACAAAUCAAGCUCACCACAUUGAAGAGAAGC